AUGAGUUCCAAUCACGCGGUUCCGGGAACAAUCCUCGACCUCAACACAGGCCUACCGGAACCUUUACAGUACGGCUCAGGCGACACAUCAGUUGAAUGUUCAGACCGUCUGUUCCCCGCGCGCCUCGCUCGUCGCGGACUCCUUCCCAUUAUCCUCGACAUGUUCAAGCCCGAGAGCCAAGUCCCGCCGGGUAUGAUGGCCAUCCGAGAUGCCAUGGAAGUGAACUUCACCGGUAAAUAUGCAGAUUCCAAGAACCUGCGUGAGGUGAUGAGCCGGCCAGGCUAUGAAAAGAUGACGGACUGCCGUCUGAGUCUAGAUGCGAGGCGGCAGACAAGGAAGAUGAUGUCGCGGUACUGGGAGAACUCAUCGCCUUUUUCUAUUGACCUCGUGGGAUGUGUGAUGCGCCAGGCGACGUUCACCGAAAAGAUGUGCAAGCUCAACUGGUUGCACUUCCCCACAGCGCAGGACAUCAUGGCGAAACUUUUGAACAAGUACGCCCGCUUCAUUGAGAUUAUCGCCAUUGCCUCGUCCACAGAGGAUAAAGUCGCCGUCCCGACACUUGACGUCGACCUGGCGUGGCACACGCACCAGCUAACUCCUCAGUCCUACUUCAACUUCACACUCGCAAAGACGGGAGCGUUUGUAGACCACAACGACAAAGUCGAUGAGGAUAAGCUGAGCACGGCCUUUGAGUGGACAAGUAAGACGUACCAGGAUAACUACGGCGAGAUCUACUCGGAAUGCAAGUGCUGGUACUGCGAAACCGUCAGGGUGAUGGCCUUGCCCACGAUGAAGAUGUUCGGAAUAGGCAAGGAGGAAAAGCGUAAGGCAUCUUGCAACCACUACACUUCCCCUCGCCCCCAUGUGUGCCUGUUUCUCGAAGCAUGGCAUGCAGCCUCCAAGGUCAACAAGGUGCCCAUGCCGCCAGCCGCCGAGUCUGCGCAUGUCUCAUCUCAUCCGGCUGUGCACACCAACGAGACAACAGCGCAGCGAACAGCAACACGUCCCUUACGCCUCGAGUAUAGGAACAGACUAGAAGAAACGCAUUCAAAGGCGCGCAAGAGGGCAAGCGAGACAUUCAAGGCGGACUCAGGGAAGCGCAUGGGGCCUCGCGGUGAAGAUAAGACGUCAUUCUGGGGUAAAGAUGUCGCUGUGGACGGUCCUUGGGCAUCGGUCUUGGCCGCCGUCACAACGAAUCCCAUGUAUCCCGCUGGGCCAGGCUUCGCCAACAUGGGGCCCGGGGUUGUAGGCAGCUGCGCAACGGGAACGUGUGGAGGAGCUACUGGUUGCGGCUCCGAGUUGCUGGGCAUGUGCUCGGCAGGAUGUGUCGGGAGUGCCUGGUUUGGCGGAAAGGCCGGAUGUACAGGUAUGGGCGAAGGCCGGUUUGACUUCUGA